AUGAGCCCCGUCCUGUCGAUCGUCAUGACGGAGUACUUUGCCAGAUUGCAUCGGGAUGGCUCGCCCAUUGACUGUGGAGCCGAUCCGCACGACGAGGCGUGUAUUGCUGGUUCGCGGCAGGCUGCUUGGCUAUCCAGUAUUUUCUCGGCUGGAGGGUGUGUGGGGAACCUGAUUCUGUCUCCAAUGCUGGGUCAAGCUUCGGAUGUCUAUGGACGCAAGCCUUUUCUAGUGCUGAACCAGAUCUUGAGACUGGGUGUGCCCUUCUCGGUCAUGUACUUCAUGCAGCCAGAUGGCUCCAUCACGCCGUAUUUCGUGCUGAGACUGGUCGACUCGGGCUUUGGGGUGGCCGGCGUCAUGAGUGCUGCCAUCGCUGAUGUUGUGGCUCCCGAAGACCGUGCUGCUGCUUUCGGGUUUCUUUUUGCAAGUCUAUCUGUAGGCUAUUGCACUAGCGCUUUCGCUGCACCGUUCUUCUCUCGGGAGCACAUACUCCAGAUCGCAGCUGCUCUCUUUGUACUGCGUGUUCUAUGGGCAAUCUUCCUGUUACCCGAGACGCUGCCAGUUCGAACUCACGUCAGUAAAACCCGAUGGGUAGUGGAGAACCCCUUCCGCUCGAUGGCUAUUCUCUUCCGCGACCAAUUGUUUAUGCGACUAACCUGCUUGAUCGCGCUCACGGCGUUUGUCAUGAACGGAGUUUUCCAGAUCCAAUCGUUUUUCCUAAACACGAUUGUCGGGUUCGACGUGAAAGAUUUCGGGUAUUUGAUGCUGGUUGGAGGAGUUCUGGCGCUGCUGGGGCAAGUUUUACUACUCAAGCCUUUGGUGAGCUGCGUCAGAGAGAAAGGAGUGAUUGUCAUCGCCUUAAUCGCCAAUAUGGUGGGCACGUGUGGGUUUGUCGCCGUCGCCUAUUACCCUCGCAAGUGGCUGGUGUAUGCGUUGUGCGUCCCCGGAUGCAUCAGCGAUCUCUCUUUUCCAGCGAUCUCAGCGCUAAAAUCCAUCAACGUGUCAGAAAAGGAGCAAGGGCGAUUACAAGGAGCAAUUUACGGUGCUCGCUCUAUUUUCGAGGCACUGGGACCUAUAGUGUUUGCUUCGUUGUAUGCUUCUAUGACACGUGACUCGGUCUGGUCGCAGGCGCUUCCGUACGUGGUGGCUUCGUUCAUCUAUUUUGUGGGGAUCGGCGUGGCGAUAUCGUUGCCUGCUGGGAAGAAUCCUUCGACUAGCAAAUGUGUCGCUGGAUCGGCGCCGUUGUUGUCACCGACGUAUGGGGAAUCCCCGACGUCGAUGUACUUUGAGACUGAUGACGACGAUGACGAAAUGGAAGAUGAUGACAAGACGGAUCUGGACGAUGGAGAUUUCCUGGCUGAGCCACUACUUGGGAGCAGCUCUGCAGCGAAGCAUGUUCACAUCGACGUUUGA